AUGACUUCUAUCAAUUCAAAAUUAUCCAAGAACGAUGAUGACGAGGAGCACGACGAUCUGAUUGAAGAGGAGGAACACGAGGAUUUGAGCUCGGAGUUAGAUGCCGUUCAACAAGAGUAUCUGGCGCAUACUCAACAAUUGGAAGAUUUUUUAUCGCCAAUUUCCUUGGACGAGAGUGUGCUAUACAAAUUGGCCAGGCGCUUUUCCAGUACAUACCGAAAUCUGGCCUUGACAUCAGAUCAGCAAUUUUUGCCAACGCCUGUCACUCAACUACCUACUGGCCGGGAAACCGGCCGCUAUCUGGCGAUCGAUGUCGGAGGCAGCAAUCUUCGUGUCGCAUUUAUCGAGUUGCUGGGAGAGGCUGUGGAUUCCGAUGUUCGUCCUACAGAUGCCACAGAGAGGUCACGGGACACGAUCCGUAAGGCCCAGCGUCAGCGAGUGAAGCGAACUUUAGAGCGUGCAUGGCCUAUCCAAGAACAUUUGAAAAUGGACAAGGCAGAGGAUCUAUUUUCGUGGAUUGGAGAUUGCAUCGCAGAGGUGGUAGCCGAGAGUCUGUCAUCAGAUGCCACCAAGAAAGAUGUGCCCGCCGAAUUAGAUAUGGGAAUUACGUUCAGUUUCCCCAUAAUGCAAGAAUCACUGGCAGAGGCUACAUUGAUGCCCAUGGGCAAAGGCUUUGCUAUUUCAUCAAACCUCAAUCUUGGUAAUAUUCUUUUAGAUGGUUACGAAAAGCACACAAGACGACCAGAUGAUGAUGACGAACCAUCCUCCAAACGCCGGAAACUAUUCGCACUUCCUAAGCUGAAGAUCCAAGCUAUCACCAAUGACACUGUGGCGACGCUAGCUUCCCUUGCAUAUAAGGUCAAGUCUUUGCCAAAUAGUCGAGUAGCCAUGGGUAUCAUCGUGGGCACUGGAUGUAACGCAACGAUCCCAAUGAAGCUCAGCUCGUUACAUGAAUCCAAAGCGAAGAGCGUCAAUAUUAUGGAACCGAGCGCUGUUGAGACCGUGGUCAAUACUGAAUGGACCAUCUCGGGUGCUGCACCACCACUAAAAGAGCUCAAAGUGACUACAAAGUGGGACAUCGAGUUAGAUGAGGCUUGUGCACGCCCUGGCUUCCAACCCUUCGAAUAUAUGACUGGAGGGCGCUACAUUGGUGAAUUAGUCCGAUUAAUUCUGUUUGACUAUCUCACGACAGUCGUUGGAUUAUCGAAGCGCUCCUUGCCUGCAAACCUCAUUCAAGAAUACGCCCUGACAACUACCUACAUCUCUGAAAAUGUCGCCAAAUCCCGAUCAGACAAUGAUCUCACCAAAACCUUAAACGAAACUCUCCCUCCCCCAGAAAGCAGCGACUGGCGUUGGAAUGCCCAAACCGCCAGUGCAUUCCGAAAAAUCGCUCGCACGGUACAAAAACGAUCAGCCGGAUUGAUUGCAGCGGCGGUUGUUGGAUUACUAGCCUGUGCUCGUGAGAUUGAGCUCAAGGAAGAUAGCAACACCGGCACACCCGAAGGUGCUGCUUCACCCAGCAAUGGUGAGGUCGCCACUUCUGAAUCCGCCGGUGCUCUGAACGCUGCCGCUUCAAGCCUCAAGUCCGGUGUCAAUCAUGCCAUUCACGAGUAUGUCGUCCCAGUCAUUGAGCCCACCAAGCUAGACUGGCAAUCCGGGCCCGAGGAACUCGUCGUGGCAUACACCGGUGGUAUUAUUCAGCAUUAUCCUCAAUUCAAAGAGAUGUGCCAGCAAUAUAUUGAUCGCUUGAUCAUGCGGACUGGUCCACAGCGCGGUGGGAAGUCUGUUUUCCUGCGAGAAGCCUCGGAUGGCGGUGUCAUUGGGGCUGGUGUUUUGGCUGGCAUGGUUGUUCGCAAUUGA